AUGACCGAGUAUAAGUUGGUUGUUGUCGGGGCGGGUGGUGUAGGAAAAAGUGCGCUAACAAUCCAGUUGAUACAAAAUCACUUCGUUGAUGAAUACGACCCAACCAUAGAAGAUUCAUAUAGAAAACAAGUGGUAAUUGAUGGAGAAACUUGUUUGUUGGACAUUUUGGACACCGCAGGUCAAGAAGAAUACAGUGCUAUGAGGGAUCAGUAUAUGCGAACUGGUGAAGGAUUCCUCCUCGUGUUUGCUGUCAACAGCGCCAAGUCUUUCGAAGAUAUUGGUACAUACCGCGAGCAGAUUAAAAGAGUGAAGGAUGCAGAGGAAGUGCCUAUGGUCCUUGUUGGCAACAAGUGUGACUUGCCCUCUUGGGCUGUAGAUACAAAUCAAGCUCGGGAAGUAGCGAAGCAGUACGGCAUUCCCUACAUUGAAACUUCAGCAAAGACCCGAAUGGGAGUGGACGAUGCAUUUUACACUCUUGUGCGCGAGAUAAGGAAGGACAAGGAACAGAAGGGACGUGAUAAACGCAAAAAACAAAAGGGUGGUCGUAAGAAGCAACGGUGUUGCAUUUUGUAA